AUGUCAGAUUUCCUACCUCAUGAUGUGUUCAUCGACGUCCUCACUAGACUACCCAUCAAAGCCCUCGUCCGGUGCGCCUGUGUCUGCAAAUCGUGGUACUCUUUGUUCACAAACCCUAGUUUUAUCACCACACACCUCAAUCGGUCAUCCAUUGUGAACAACAACAAUCUUCUACUAGUUCGAAGCCGCUCUAGUGAUGAUGCCAAUGUAGUGCAUUACUCACUAUUACGUUAUGAAAACGGAACGUUGUGUGAUAAUGCAGAGCUUGAGCUUCCACUGAAGUGCUAUAGAAACCCUUCUUUGAGGAUAAUCGGUAGCUGCAAUGGCCUCGUGUGCCUUUCGAAUGAUUUGCACGGUUACCAGGAGGAGCUUUAUCUAUGGAAUCCAUCGAUUCGGAAGACGAUGGCCCUUCACCAAUUACGGGUCAAGUUUCAAUCACACGGUCCGUUUAUGCAUACAAUCGGAUUUGGCUUCGAUCCAGCGACUGAUGACUACAAGGUUGUCAGGAUUGUGUAUCUUGAAUCUCUUGAUGAACCCUAUGAUUUUGGAUCUCCUCCGGAGAUUGACAUUUUCAGUCUGAGCACAGGCACAUGGCGGAACAUCAGCCAUUUCGGUCUUCCACAUAUCAUCGACGAGCGGGCUCCCCAGACUUAUCUAAACGGGGCUGCACAUUGGUUUGCUAAUGGUUUGCUUUCGGGGAACACCUGCCACUUGAUCGUGUCAUUCCACAUGGGUGAUGAGGUAUUUGGCGAGAUCAAGGUGCCCAGUAGCAUUUUUGAUGAAUACAGGGCCUCAAGUGUUGGUGUUGAGAAGUAUCAAGAAUCACUCUCUCUCUGA